AUGGCAGACUCGUACAAGCGGUCGCGGUGGGUGGGAGAGGGACGGACGGAGGAGGGCGCAGAGGCGUGGCGACACACCCGCCUAGCGUACAAGAAUCCAAUUUGCGAGGCAGUAGCUCCGUCUACAGAAAGAGAUGGCUAUAUUGCUCUCGGUCUAUCUCAUAUUGAACAUUUUAUUAGGUCUAGUUUGAGAUCUAGCCUGAAGGCGAGGAGCGACGAUGCCCGCGCGGCGGCCGCGGACACAAUGGUGUUAGAUGCGGUGCGGACGACCUCUGAGUGCAUGCGAUUCGGGCGCGAGCCGCAAGCCAUUAAGGCCGGCGGCGCCGAUGCUCGGAUGCGGGCGAUCGUUAGCGGCAGCGAAACGAUCAUCAGGGAGUCAACAGUUCGGAAACGAUCGAGAUUUGAU